ACAUGGGGCUCCCAAAGUACGAGUUGGCUAUAGGCCUUAACAAGGGACAUAAAACUACAAAAAUUGCAGAAUGUUCAAAGAAACGCCAGUCCAGAAGAAAGGGGACAAUUACCAAAAAGAACAGAUUCAUUCGUGACUUGGUUCGGGAAGUGACUGGCUUUGCCCCAUAUGAAAGGAGAGUACAGGAAUUGCUGAGAAUUUCAAAAGACAAAAGAGCUCUGAAGUUCUGCAAGAAGAGGUUGGGCAGCCACAUUCGUGGAAAGAGGAAGCGUGAAGAGAUGCAGACAAUGCUACAGAAGAUGAGGAAGGCCGCGAAGUAGACCAUUCCUCUUUCCUGUAAAUAAUCUGACAUUAAAAAAAUAGAUGAGA